AUGGCAGACUUCGAAAAGGCAGAGGUUAGUCACAUUCCAAGAAGUGAGAACAGCAGAGCGGACAUACUGUCCAAGAUGGCGAGCACAAAGGGGUGGGGAAACCACCGAACCGUGAUUGAGCAAAGUAUCCCAGAACCGACAUGCAUCAUACAGAUUUCCCAGGUGAAUGAUUGGCGUACUCCCAUUAUUGAGUACGUCGAAAAUGGAACGUUGCCUGUUGAGAGAGUAGAGGCCAAGAAGCUAAUCCGAGAUACAACGUCAUACACCAUAAUAGAGGGACAACUUUAUAACAAAGCGGAAAUCCAUGAGGGAAUCAAUGGGCAACAUGUUGGGGGAAAGGCGUUAGCCCGGAAGGCUCUUCGAGCUGGAUACUUUUGGCCGUCCAUGGUCUACGAUGUGAAGGACCACGUACAGAAGUGCGAUCAGUGUCAGAAGCACGACAGGAACUUGCUGGCUCCCCCUGAGGAGUUGAAUAUAAUCACGGCUCCCUGGCCGUUUUACAAAUAG